GACCGCCCAAGAUGUCGGGGAUCCUGAGCACGACGUUGAGUGGCCUCAAUAGCGACUCAUAUUGCGAGAUCAGCUGGUAUCGGGACCAGCACUUCAAGGGGGACCAUUACCUGCAAGAGAAAGCCCUGAAGUACUCCUGCUUACUUUAUGUGGGUAAUCUGUCCUUCUACACCACAGAGGAGCAGAUCCAAGAACUCUUCUCUAAGUGUGGGGAUGUCAAACGUAUAGUCAUGGGGCUGGACAAAGUGAAGAAAACCCCCUGUGGCUUCUGCUUUGUGGAAUACUACACAAGAGCAGAAGCGGAGCAUUCUGUGCGGUUCAUCAAUGGAACCCGACUGGACGACUGGAUCACCCGUACAGUUUGGGAUGCAGGGUUCAAAGAGGGGCGGCAGUUUGGCUGUGGAAAGACAGGGGGCCAGGUAUGAGAUGAGUACCGGACAGACUAUGAUGUGGGGAGAGGCGGCUUCAGCAAGGUUAUUCAGAAGCAGAACACGAAUCAACAGACAGUGAUCUACUAAUAGCUUCUUAAGUUUAGGGGAGAGAUGGGAAACGGAGGACAGGUGGAAGGCUGGGUUCACCUUGGAUCGUUGGGUCAAAGUGAGCAAGAAGUUUGCCUGGCAGGGUUCUAUGCAACCUGGACUUCCAGGCCCCUUAUGCCCCAGUGACCUUUUGCACUUGU